GUGUAUUUUUAUGAAAAAAUUGCUUGCAUAAUUAAUUUUAUAAAUUAAACGGUUUGCUUUUAGAAAACCAAAAGUAGCCGUUGCACCUAAACUUUUCAAGCCGCAUUUAAUGAUGAAAUAAUAUUUUUCAUAUCUCUUCUAGUUUUUGAGAUCUGAGUGUGACAGACGGACAGACGGACAUUUUGCACAAACCUAAUAGCGGCUUUUUCCCCUUACGGGGGCCGCUAAAAAAAAAAAGUACAGACCUUCAUCAACAGAUGCCUGAGAAAUAUCCUAAAAAUACACUGGAUUUAUUGGCUAGCAACUCAACUUCUUGAAACUUUCUGGUACCAACUUUACAAAACUCCAAAUGAAUUACUCUCUUCUUAGCAUCGUGAGGAUUUAUUAGAUCAAGUUUCAGUUCAAAAGCUUUCACCAAAGUAUAAGUUUCUAGGAGUAAUUAACUUUUACCUUGAAGUUUAACACACAGUUGAGUGUUGAAAUUGAUGUGGAUUUAUACUAUCUCUUUCCAAGAAGUUCACUGAAUCAGUAACUAAUGCAUUAUAAUGUUCCAUCUAAUUAUGUUACAAUAAAGUGCUUGCUGAUGGAUGAUACAGUCUAAUACCAUAGCGCAACACUUGGAUAAAAAAAUUGGCCUUAACUAAAUUUAAGGUGAUAGGACCACUCAAGAUGAACUGUCUUUGGCUGAUCAAUAAGAUUAUUUUGUGACCUUAUUGGAAUGAAUUACGAUUCUAUUGACAUUAUAAUAUAGUAUCAGUAUCAGAGUAUCAGCCAGGAUCCAAGGUACUGUAGUAUGGAGAACAGACUGAACAGGGAGGGUGAUGUGCUGCAGGAUCAUUGGUACCUAGUGGAUACACAUGGCCAGAAGUUUCGUCUGCCCAAGACCAUGUUAUUUCUGGGACGAGAGGAAUGUGACGUGGUCUUAGCGUCACAGUCUGUUGACAAAAGACAUGCUGUCCUGACUUUUGACCUUUAUUUAAACAAGUUUAAGGUGAAAGAUUUGAGUACCACUAAUGGGACUUAUGUGAACAAUUCUCGAAUAGCAGAGCAGGAGUAUGUGACUCUACACCAUAUGGACUCCAUUAGACUUGGACAUGAUACCAUGAUGUACCACAUAGAGCAGGGCAGUCAGAUCACUAACCAAGGAGGUCAGCUUCCAGACCCUCAGUUUGUCCCAUCCUGGGUGACCAGACACUCUCAAGACCCUGCAUCUGUUCAUGUACAUGCUCAUGCCAUGGCUGAGUGUCAAGAGCUGCAUUACAUUGGAUUGUAUGGAUGGUUCCCAACAUUGGGCUGUAUAGCUGAACAGAAUAUAGAGCAUACUUGUAGUCUAAACACUGAGUCCAAGGGUAACAAGGAGGAAACAGUGGACCAUGAAAUUCAAAGACACUCACCACACCAACCUCAUCAUCAGCAUUAUCACUCUAGAACAAAUGAGCAGCAGGUCCCAGAACUUAGCAAAUCCAAGACUGCUGUCCCAAGAUCUCCUAAAAACCAUCAUUCCAUUGAACAAGAAGAUAUCCAUCAGAAUCCUGUUUCUCAGACUAACAAAAACAACCAGGAGCAGAUUGCCAACCAAGAGCAGGACUCCAUCUCAACCAGCAAUAUUGAUGACUCUGAUAACAUACCAGUGAUGGGCCGCAAUACUUGGCCUAGGAAGAGAGUGCGGCAAGUGGCCCAUGUAGGUUCACUAUUUAAUCCUGAGCCACAAGAAAAGUCAGAUUUGAACAUCAGCGAGGCUAGGCCAGCAGGAAAACUGGCGUCAGCUUACAUUGUGUCAUUUGAUGACUCUGUCUGUAAUGGUAGCAGUGGUGCUGCAGCAGUGGAGGCACAAAGAAGGCUACGAGGAAAUAGAGCAUCAGAGUUGGCUACAGUGAAGAAAGGAACACCACUCUAUGGUCAGCCAGAUUGGUGGGGGGAUGCUAAUGAUCCUGAUUCAUCUUCAAGUGCUACAAAAAUUAAUGGAGAAAAAACUGAGUCUAGAAGCACAAGGCCAGCAAGCUUGCAUCUAGUGGAAGAGAACGGGGCUGCUGCAUCUAGCACCAAGACAAGGUCAGCUACAGUGACUGCGAUGGACAGUGAACGGGUCAAAUAUGCAGAACCUACAUACAUGGAGAUCCCUAUUAAAGAUGAGGAUCAUCCCAAUUGUCCUAAGGAAUUACAGACACCAUCUAAAAGUGUCAGCUCAUCUUUGUCUAGGGAUAGCUUGUCCAAUUCUCCAGAGAUAAAACCACCAGUGUCUAGUAAUAAAGCUAUCAAGAGCCACAGUCCAAGUGCUGACUUAAACUCCUCCAUGUCUUUCACUAUUGAUUUUGAUGAUCCAGAGCACCCCCCAAAGAAAACAAUGAACAUUUGCAGCAGUCUAAGUGAAUUUGUUCCAUCAAAAAUCCGUAAGAACUUUCGUGAAAGGAAAGCUCAGUCAUCAAAAGCCAGUUCUAAAGAAUCAACACCUAGCAAAAACUCUGAGGAGCGAGAAUUAUCUCCCUUACACUAUCAAAAACUUGAUGAAAUUCAGAGUCAAGUGUUUGAGAAAAAGGGAAAGUCAUCCAGAUUGUCUAGUACUCAUGCGACUAUCGGCACUUCCCUCAGAUCUCCUAACUUGGAAGACAUUGACAGAUUGUCAGAGUUCUCAGAAGAUAGGAGGUCCAAUGAAAGGGAUGGAGAUAAAACAAAGAAAACAGUCAGCAGCAAAAGUCCUCAGAUUUUAAAAAUGGGGAAAACAGCCAAAUCUUCUUUCUUGACAGCUGGCAUGACCACUGCUGCUUCUUCUAGCCUCUACUCCAGUCCUGCAUCGUACCUGUUUGACAAAAUGUUUGAGACUGGAAGCAGCACCUCUGCUAGUAGUGACAAGGAAAUGUCCCCUGAGCAGACUCUAUACAAGGAGGCUGCUGGGCAUGACAGAUCAUCAAAAGGAUCAAUGCCUCACCCAGAGAGAGAACUUGUACGUCCAGUAGUGGAUUCCAUUACCACAGGUAAAACAACUGUCACCACUACCACAAAACUAAGCAGCUGCAAAGAAGCUACAAUUAAGAAGAAGCAUCCUGUAAUGUCAGCCAGUGACAAUGACCUGCUGAUCACUGAAGAUGCAGUGGACAGCGGUGAUAGAAUAAGCAAAGAUGACAAAGAAGAUAAAGUGAGUGAAGCAGGAACAUAUACCAUAGAAGCUGACGUAAAGGAUGGUGAAGAGGAGGAAGAAGAGGCCAGGAAGCGAAUUGACAAAGUGUUUGGUGUGGAUGUUGAUGAUUUUACUUCAGAUAAACCCACCGUCAACCCACUCCGCCUGGCCAGCCCUGGUGGAUAUGACAAUGUUUAUGAGGAUUACGAUAAUGCAGGGGAGAAGACUCCUUUGGAUGAAAAUGGUUCUGCCCCCAUUGAAGAUGAUCUUACUUUAGAAUAUGAUGAUGAUGAUGAUGAUGAUGAAAAUAAUGAAGACUUAGAGCAGAAUUCUGCCAUGCCACAUUCAGAUGGUGUUCAGACAUGGGUCAAGCAGUUGGCAGCACUAUCUCACAAGUCUUCAGGCCAUUUAGCAGAAUUGGCUAAGAAUACAAAAGAAGAUAAUGAGCCAUCAUUAUCUAAAAAACCUCCUCAAGGUUUGAACAGGAAGAGACCAGGUACAGGGAGAAAGCUGCCUUCAAUCCCUACAGAUAAAAGUCCUGUCAGCAGUGAACACAGUUCAUUUGUCGGUGACCACGAUCGCUCUGUGGAAGACAUGAGGCAUGAAAGGACACCUGACUUGUGUGGGAGUAAACUCAAUGGCACAUCAGCUGUAAAUGGCAGAUCUCCAAGAAUAUCUAGUCAGGCUUAUUCUAGGAGCAGAAUUGGUAGUAAUGGUUACCAAGACAAUGAUUCUUUAACAAAUGUCACAAUGAGUAGUCCCAGCACAUCUGCCAGGUCUAGGAGCAGUGUGGACACUGAGCUUCUCCUUCAAGAUACAGAAACUGUCAUGGCUGCCAUGGAGGCCAGAAUAGUCUACAAAUCAAGCCAUGACAACAAACGUUCCCAGAGCACUGAGUCUGAUACUGAUGUGUCCAGCACAGUGGCAUUGGUUAAUGGUGAUGAGCAUUAUGUUAAACCAACAUUAUACAAAAGCCCAAGGGAUGCCUUAUCAAAAAGACAACAGAAAGACUCACCUGCUAAGACAUUAAAUCAUGCAAGCUCAACACCUCCAGCUGCACCUGGCAAAAAAAUGGUUGGAAGAUCUUACUCUCAGACUGUGGCCUCUCGCUCACGAAGCAUGGCUUCUCCUAGAAGUAUAACUUCUGUAACCAGUGCUAACACUGGAAGAAAGUCUUUAAUCUCAGAUGUACUUGCUGGUCGUAGAGACAGUUUUGAUAAUGACAGUAUUAUAUCUGAUGUUAGUUCAGACACUGGUGAUGGCAGUUUUUCUCGGUCCUCAUCCAAAGGAAAAGGCAACAUCACCAUGACCAAACCCAACAGAGCUUUCCAACUUCGACGCGCUCGUGCAGAUAGCUUUGAUGAACCUUCAACUCCCCGCUCAGGUAAAUCUUUAAAAUCUGGCACAAGUAGUUCUUCCAUAAGAUCCUCAAGUGUUCACAGCACUACAAGGACUAGGUCUCUGAUAGAGACUCAACGAAGUGAAGCUACAAGUCUUGGGGCUCAGAUUGUACGAAAGAGUAGGGUAAAUAAUACUUUAGAAUCAGUACAAAAAGCUAACAGCAACUCAAAUAUCUCUUCAAAUAUGAACAACAAAUUAGGUCAGAAAAUGCAACGUGCAAGUUCACUAACAAUGGCACAUCAAUCAGCAAUGACAGCUGCUAAAAGGGAACCUACUCCAAAGUCUCACAUAAGGACCACUCCUACAGGACUGACUAGAAGUGGUUUAGCGAUCACUGGCCUCAGCAGCAGGAGUCAGUCACAGCCAGGCAGCAGAUCCAAUUCUCCCAAAAAUGCAGAAAGAUUGGCUUGGAAGCGUAGAAAAGAAUAUGACCCUCGUAAGGCUGUUGCAGAAGCAAAGGCCAAGGUGAAAGAGCCAGGUGUGACCAUGAGGCCAAAACCUUCUGCCAGUGCAAAUAUCAGGAGGAGGAUGAUAAGAUCUGCAUCUUUUACUGACUCUCACAAGCUGGCUUUGUCCAUGCAGUCUGCAACAUCUAGCACUCAAGACUUUACUUCUCUAGAGAGCUCAAGUCAUCAGGAGGGUCCCAGGAGAGCAUUCAUUCCAUUUCAAGGUUCUUUACGCUCAGAAAGAUCUCACCACAGUGCAGAUGAAGACGACAGCUUGGUCUCAGCCAAUACAACACAGGAUUCUUCUAGAAGCCUGAUCUCUUUAAGUGCUGCACAACAAAUCAAGUCUGCAUUUACACCACCGCUUCUUCGUUCCAAGACCAUCUCUCCAGAUGUGUCUCCACUACGUCACACCCUGUCACUACAUCUGAGAAACAGCAUGAGUGAUGUUGACACAAAUUUUUCAACUUUGUCGCUUGUCCGUAAUAGUGACCCAAGAGAUAGCCCAGCCACUACUGUAGAUACUUCUCCACAGGCAUCUUAUGAUUCUCUGAUAGUCUCUUCACUCUAUCAAAUCUCUUUAAAAUUAAAAACCACGCUGGACAAAUUGGUGGAUAAACUAAGGGAUCAAAAUCGCUUGAAUACCACACCAUCACCAUAUGAUGACUAUUUGCCUGAUUCCAGCAGAAGUGAAAUGCCAGCAUGGAAAACAGCAAGUCCAGAGCUAGCAGGAAUUCUCAAACAUUUGAGAACUUCUGAGAGAAGUGUGCAUAUGAUCAACUCUGUUUUAUUUCCUGAUGAUGAGAGAACUCAGCAAAUCAAACAAAUCCGCAGCCAAAUGGCCGUCUUUGUUCCUAUUGAGCAACCCAGACCUGAGGAAAAUGAAUGUGCAUCUCCUGAGAUGGAAGAGCUGAGUGGUCAAUUUUAAUUCCAGAGAUAUUUCCAGUCUUUGUACUUGCUAGGAUCAUAGUUUAGUUUUAAACUUAGAAUGAACCAGGCUGCUGUAAUCCUUAGAGUACAUAAUAGUCAAUAUCUAGUGAAACUAAUAAUACCUGUGAUUUUACUUAAACUACCUUGAAAUUUUCUAUUGUUAAAAUUGUAAAAGUCCUUUUUUUUUUAAGUGUAUUCCAAAGUUUUUUUAUCAGAAAGAUGUUAUAGUACUAUAGUAUUAAACCACAUGGUUCUAGUUUUUUAGAUACAUUUUAGAUGUAUGUUAUUUCAAUUAUAUGUCUUUUUCUUUAUAUUGUGUUUAAGAAUUUUUUUUGAAAGGCAAAGUUGUUUUUUUUACAUUGUAAAAAACAAAAAAAUACACCAGAAAAUCUUUGCUUUUAAAAGUACUCUACACUUAAGAUAAUGAAAUUUUCUACAAAAUAUUAUAUCAUUGUAUGUUAAAUUUUGCUUUUACAACAUGCAACUCAAAAUAGUUAUUAACCUCUCAUGUAGGCAUUCCUGUUUUCAUUUAAAACCAUAUCAAGCCGGUCAUUUGUUGGCCACAUGCAAAACCAGUUUCCUAUAAAUAAAGGUACAUAACUGGUGAAUUUAUUUUCAACUGUCUUAGUAACAUGACAGAGAACUAUAUCAUCCUAUUUUGACAUAUAAUUAAACAUACAUUAAGUUUCUUGAUCUCAAAUGUAAAGCUAGUAUACUAAGUUCUAUUUCACCAUUAUCUGUACAAUGAUCAAUUGAACAUUACUGUACUUGAACUUUUCUUUCUUUCUUUACUGUUAAGGAGUAGUACAUCUUUUUUGUAAUUGGUUGUUUUUUUUUAGGAAUUUUUCUUCGUUUUAUGUUUAGGAAUUGUAGUUCUAAGAUUUUUUGUGUGCGUUAGUUUUCAAUAAGUGCAAUCUUUAAUCUUUCUUAAUUUAAUUUCUUACAGUACAUGUAUAUUUUCAUGUUAUUUAAUGUGCACUUGUAGAUCUAUAUAACAACUUCACAGAAGGCUUGUUUGAACUACACAUAGAGUUAUUGAUUUCUCAAUUGCAUUGUUUCAGUGAAUAAAUAUUUCAUUUUGUUUCUUAAUGAAAAAUGAUGACAAGUUAUGCAGUAUUCAGUGCCAAAAUAGAUCAAAUAAUGCCUGAUAUCUUUGAAAGCAGUACCUAUAUAUUUACACAUGUCAUUUUUUGUACAUUUCAAAACAUCUUCUGUGAUACCUGUAUUAUGAACUCAAGCUUUCCUUGACUUUGUCGUUUACUUCCUUGAUUUCAAGAUGGUGCUUAGAUAUGUGUACAUGUUUCUUUUGUUUUAUAGAAGCAACAUCAUCCAUCUUUUUAUACAGUUUUUCAUCUUAGUAAUUGUGUACUCAGCAUGAUGCAGAACUUGGCAGUCUGUAGAGUUCAGUUAGUUGCUUGAACAAUACAGCUUCUGGUAGGCCUAGAGCUGAGUUAGUUACUUGAAACAUGAUCUGAAUCAUAGCAUGUGAUUGUACUUGUACCUCUGUUACACUGCACUGUACUGCCUGUUUAUAUUAGUAGAAAAUGUAAGACAAAUGAAUAACAAAGAUGAUUGAAGUAUACUGUCUCUUACAAUCAAUGUCUUUUCAGUUCCCUGGUACAUCAUUCAAAAAGAUUUGUAUACAAGCCUGAACUCAUAAAACUAUCUGAUUUCAUAAUGUCUUUCUCUUUUUUUUUUUUCAUCCUAGACUAGUGUCUUUUAUGAAUCUUCUGAUGUACAGUGUAGGCUAUAUGUAAGUUAGUAAACACUGACCCUGCUCCUUAACAAUAGCUAUGCAUAAUGUUGUUUGUGCACAUGUCAGUGUUGA